AUGUCCGUGGCUAACAAGGCUCUCGGCCUUCUUCUCAUCGCCUCAUUGGCUGUGAUGAUCGUGUCUGGGGAGAACAAGAAUCAACAGGCAAGCCUCUACGACAUGGAGGCACCAAUCACGGCCUACAAGCGGUUCUAUUCAUGGGAGGACGCCAAACGGGCCGCUUCGUCCGAGGAGGGAAUCAGAAACAAACGAAAGCAAUUCUACGCAUGGGCGGGAAAACGAUCGGCAGCACCAGUGCACUACUUUGAGGAUCUCAUGGCUCAGGAACCAGUCGGGCCAUCGAUGGAGAAGAGGAAGCAGUUCUACGCAUGGGCUGGAAAAUAA